AUGAGUUUCUUCAUUGUCAUAUCACUCCUAUUAGUGAUAUGCCUAGUUUUCAUUGCACUUUCAUUUAUGCCUUCAAUGAUCAUGGGCCCUUGGAUUCUAUGUGGGGAUUUCAAUUGUGGUAUGGCUGUGGAUAAAAGGAUAGGGUCUCCUGUUAGGCAUGCAGAUAUUGUUGACAUCAACAACUGUAUGCAUUUGUGUGGAAUGGAGGAUGUUAAGUGUGUGGCAGAAGCUUGCUUUAUGCCUGAAGGUCAGUUUGAUCACUCCCCUGGUUUGCUGACUGUGUACCCUGGAACUAGUGGAGGAAGGAAGCCUUUUAAGUACUUUACAAUGUGCAAGAGUUCUCCUGCUUUCAAUGAUACUAUCCAGGAAGCUUGGAAUGCUCAAAUAAGUGGGAAUAAAAUGUUUCUGAUAGUUAGUAAACUGAAGAAAGUUAAGGUUGCUCUUAAGGACCUUAAUAAAAAUGGAUUUUCUGAUGUUCAAGCUGCUGACCUGUGUGCCUAUCAUGCUAUGAUUGUUUCUCAAGAGGUCAUGCAUUCUAACCCUAAUGAUCAGGGCCUUGCUGAUAAGGAGUUAGAAGCUAUUCUGGAUUAUAAGAUCAAACAUAAGGCAUAUUUGGAUUUUUUGAGUCAGAAGGCCAAGCUGGCAUGGAUUAAAGCUGGUGAUGAGAAUACAGCUCAUUCCCAUCAAAGUAUUAAAAGCAGGAAUAUUCAAAAUCAGGUGUAUAUCAUUCAUGAUAUGGGGAGGAGAUGGAGAGACAAGCCCACUGAUGUUUCAGAGGAGAAUCACAAGGAAAUUCUUACUGCACCAUAUACUGUAGAUGAGGUGAAGGCAGCUCUCUUUUCUAUUCCAGGUGUUAAGGCACCAGGACCUGAUGGGUUUGGUUCUUACUUUUACAAGGAUGCUUGGCAUAUUGUUGGUGAGGAAAUUAUUGUUGUUGUCUUAGAUGUCUUAAAACAUGGUAAGCUGCUAAAGGAAGUGAAUCACACAGUUGUCACUCUAAUUCCUAAGACCAAGCUAGUGUCCAAGGAAUGUCAAUUGAGACAGGUGCUUCCUGAUCUUAUUCUGGAGAACCAAGGAGGUUUUGUUCAUGGUAGAUAUAUUGUUGACAAUAUAAUGGUGGUACAAGAUCUAGUGAGGCAUUAUGGGAGGACGGGAGUGAAGCCUAGCUGCCCGAUGAAAAUAGAUUUGCAGAAAGCCUAUGAUACUGUGGAUUGGCAGUUUCUGAGAGAAACGAUGGAGUAUCUGGAAUUCCCGGUGCAGUUUGUGAGUAUAGUUAUGGAAUGUGUCACUACACCAAUGUUUUAUUUGAUGAUCAAUGGCUCAAUGCAUGGAUUUUUUAAAUCUCAUAGAGGUUUGAGGCAGGGUGACCCCAUUUCUCCUCUUCUUUUAGUCAUAUGCAUGGAGUAUUUGUCAAGGACUCUGCAUAAGAUGAGUGAUUUGUCACAGUUUCAGUUCCAUCCAAGAUACAAAGAUAUUAGGCUCACUCAUUUAUGUUUUGUUGAUGACUUGAUUCUCUGCUGUAAAGGUGAAUAUCCCUCAAUUUAUCUCUUACUGCAAGCCUUCAAUUUGUUCUCUAACUCUUCAGGUUUGAAAGCCAAUCACCAGAAAUCUUACAUUUAUUGUCAUGGAAUGUCUGAUAGUGAUGUUCAAAGGUGGUGGAUGCUUCUGGUUUUAUCAGAAGUACUUUACCAUUUAGAUAUCUAG